ACCGACUUACCGACGGAGCUCACCACGUGGACCCGUGAACGACAGAUAAUAUGUUAACUCGGGGUCAACUGUAAACAAAUAUAUUCUUCUUGUACAAUUAUCACGGACAUUUUGAAAGAAAAAUGAAACAUCCGAUAGAGGCGGUGAUCGAUAAAGUUUCUCUCAAACCGAAUAAAAUUCAACCGAUUAUUGUGGAUUUUCAAAAUGGGGAGCUAAAGGAUGACGAGGCUGUCAAUAUGGAAUGCGGGCUGUACCGUGACAACAAAGUCAACAGACAACUGCUCGCUCUUUCGAACGGGCAGGUGGUUUAUAAAGGUUACCGACCCGAUCCUGACCAAGCUCCAACCUAUACCAUGCUUGCCAUUCACAAUAGGAAAACUGGUAAAGUCCGUUUAGUCCAAGCUGAGAGAUGGCAGGUAGCUCCCGUAUUGGACAGGGAACCAAAGGGCGGCAAAGACAUAGAUGACGACAGAAUCGCUCUACUGAAUAAACAGUUUGGUUCAAAAAGGGUUAAACGAAGAACGGAGCAAACAGAGAGAAUGAAAAUUAAUGUUAACUCUGUCACAAAACAACUGGAGGAAACUGUUUCUAACAUUAGUAUUGAAAGAACGGAUCUUUCGCUACCUUCGUUGCACGACGAAUCAGUAGCAAACACAAAUUUACCCGAAUGCAACAGGAAUGUUUCCGAUGUUCGAGAUGUAUACAAUAUAGAUGACAUUGUUCCUCUAGCUAAACUGGAAACCUUGCAUGAUGCAGCCAAAUCUGUCUUAAAUCAGGAACAAGAAGGAAAAUCGAAAUUCUUUACGGAAACUUUAACAGCAUUGAUGUGUGACAACUGCCGUACAGAAAAAAUUGCGUUACUGCUUUACAUAGAAGCAGUUGCUGCUUGGCUCAAUAUGCCGAUAAAAGAUGCCAAGAAGAGAGGCAUAAUAAUAUGUAGCGAAUCCAGCGAUAUUAAUGAUUACGUUAUACAGACUUAUAGCAUGCGCAGUGCUCAGGGCAGGCAACGACCGAACAGUAUGCGAGACAAAGGAAUUAUGCACUGUUUAAUCCUCGGCCUUACGAUAUCAAACUUUACACUGGACUUGAAUUUGUUCACAACGAUCAUCAAAAAUGGUGCAGGAAUUAAGAAGUUAGGGGAAUUGGCAAGAUUCGUAGGUGCAGUGCCAACAAAACAAAAUAAGAACGUUGUAGUCCUUAAACUACCAUUGCCACCGCAAUUAGCAGUGGCUAAAAAAGGAAAGAAGAAGAAAUAACCAUUCUUCGAUCGAAAUAUGUAUUCAAGCUCUACACUGCAACGAAUCCAUAUUUUGUUGCACAAGAUAACGGUAUGAUUCUAAUAAAUAUAUUGAUGAUA